CUCUCACUGUUACGGUUACUGCUGGUAACAACUGUCUUUCUCUCUCUCUCUCAAAUGCGCGCAUGUGCCACCAUUAAGCUGCGUCUGUCUAACCUUCUCCCACACAUUCAUUCAAUAUGAACUUCGUGCUAACCUUCAACCUGGUUUGAUUUUCUAUUUAAACACUCAUCCACUUUCUAACUAACUCCAUUUCUCAUUACCAAAUUCCCCUGCAAACUGCAAAUGCAUUAAUUCUACAUUCCUAACGCCAUUAUUCUACGUACUAUUCACCAUUACUACAAGCUCGUACGUUUUCCCCAACUACUUCUCUCUCACUACAUUCUUUCGUUAGAUCUGUAAAAUAAAAAAAUGAAUAAAGAAAUAAAUCAACGCCAUGAUUGAUGGGGCCAUGUGAGCUUUGAACUUCGUUUUCCAAUUCCUUCUAUUUCAAUUUGCAAGCUCUAUGCCUUGAUAAACAAAUUGGGAACUGCAACAGGUUUACUGUAACUAGCAAUGCAGUGUCAAUGAACUGAAGUUGCAGAACAGAAACAACUGAAAAAUCAGGAAAUGGAAAUUUUCCUACGCAUUUUCUGUUCCAUUUGGUUCCUGGGUUUCAUAGUGUGGCAAGGAAAUGCAGAAGCGGUUGAAGACAAGCAAGCAUUGCUUGAUUUUGUGAAGAAUUUCCCUCCAUCUCGUGCUUUGAACUGGGAUGAGAGGUCUUCACCGUGUACCAAUUGGAUUGGAGUGUCUUGUAACCAAGAUAAAUCCAGUGUCAUAUCGAUUCGAUUGCCAGGGUUUGGAUUUCAUGGCACCAUUCCUCCAAACACAAUCAGCCGCAUCAAGGGGUUGCAGACAUUGAGCUUCAGAUCCAAUUUCAUCACUGGCAAUUUCCCUUUUGAUUUCUAUAACCUCAAGAAUCUUUCUCUGCUGUACCUUCAGUUCAACAAUUUCACUGGUCCUUUGCCAGAUUUCUCUGUUUGGAGGAAUCUCUCUGUUGUCAAUUUGUCCAAUAACCGUUUCAAUGGCACCAUUCCUAUCUCGCUUUCCAAUUUGACUCAGCUUGCUGGUUUGAACCUUGCAAACAACUCAAUUUCUGGUCAAAUCCCUAAUCUCAGAUUGCCCAGGUUGCAGCAAUUGUAUCUGUGUAACAACAAUUUGCAAGGGGGUGUUCCUGUUUCUCUUCAGAGGUUUCCAGAUUCAGCAUUCAUUGGAAACAACAUUUCUCUUGGAAGGACUCUACCAUGUUCUGAAUGUGACAAACAUGGAAGGCUAAGCGAAGGUGCAAUGCUGGGAAUCAUUGCUGCUGGUGCUGUUCUUGGCCUUGCAGUUUUUAUUGUUUUUACCUCUAUUUGCUGGUUGAAGAGGAAGGAUGGAGAUGAUGCCUUUGAUGGCAAGUUGGAGAAGGGAGAAAUGUCUCCUGACAAAGAGGUAUCAAGGAACCUGGAGGCAAAGAACAAGCUUGUUUUCUUUGAGGUGUGUAACUAUGCCUUUGACUUGGAGGAUUUGUUGAGGGCUUCUGCUGAGGUGCUGGGUAAGGGAACGUUUGGCGCUGCGUACAAGGCUGUGCUAGAGGAUGCAACCACAGUUGUUGUGAAGAGGUUAAAGGAUGUAGCUGUUGGAAAGAAGGAUUUUGAGCAACUCAUGGAUCUUGUUGGGAGUCUGAAACAUGAGAAUGUGGUUGAGCUAAAGGCAUAUUACUACUCCAAAGAUGAGAAACUGAUGGUAUAUGAUUACUACAGUCAGGGGAGUGUCUCUGCUUUGUUACAUGGUAAAAGAGGAGAGGAUAGGGUGGCUUUAGAUUGGAACACUCGGAUCAAAAUAGCUCUAGGUUCUGCACGAGGCCUUGCUCGAAUCCAUUCCGAGAAUGGUGGAAAACUUGUACAUGGCAAUAUCAGAUCCUCAAAUAUCUUCCUCAAUACUAAAAAAUAUGGUUGUGUAUCUGAUCUUGGCCUGGCGACCAUAAUGAGCUCACUUACCCUUCCUGUCUCGAGAUCUGCCGGUUACCGAGCGCCGGAAGUCACAGACACCAGGAAAGCAACACAGUCUUCAGAUGUUUACAGCUUCGGUGUGGUGUUACUUGAGCUUCUGACUGGGAAAUCCCCUAUCCACUCAACUGGAGGUGAUGAGGUUAUGCACCUUGUGAGAUGGGUUCAUUCCGUUGUGAGAGAGGAGUGGACUGCUGAAGUAUUUGACUUGGAGCUGAUGAGAUGUCCUAAUAUAGAGGAAGAGAUGGUGGAGAUGUUGCAGAUAGCACUGUCAUGCGUGGUCAAGAUGCCUGAUCAGAGACCUAAGAUGCCAGAAAUUGUGAAGAUGAUACAAAGUGUGAAGCAGAUUGAAAUGGAGAAUCAGUCCUCAUCAUCUAAGAACCAAGCUAAAAGUGCAAUGCAGUCCUCCCCUUUAACGAAUGAUCAUAACUCAUAAACAUGGCAGUGACAAUUUACCUUCUUCUACCCCUUCCUCAAGUCCUCCACCUCCUGUCCAAAAAGAAAGUGAAUGAUGAUAGUAAGGUGUUGCAGUGUCUAAAAAUGCUUUACUGCACAUUAUAAACUAGAGCAUGUUUUGCCCCCUCUAAUUAAUCUGGUAGAUGAAAUGGGUAGUUGGCCCUUGUAAUUCUUGUUAAACACAUUUGGUUAUACCCUGAAAAAGCCAAACGAGUUGUAGUAUUUUUAAUAAGCGGUAUAGCAGAUUGGGGGUUUCUCA